AUGAAGAGCCCGAUCUCCCCUUCGACAGAAGGAGCGACGUGCGGUGAGCCACCGGCCAAAUCAGGCGUCGACCCCUCACGGGAGGACGCACAGCGAAGGACCGCGGAGAGUCGAAAGACGCUACAGGAGGAAUUCCACAGUGAGGUGGCAUCCUUUCAGCACCAACUGCGACGACGCGGCAAAGUGGCGGCGAGUAAGAUUCCAGACAGCCCCAGCAACAACGAGCCAGCAUGUACGGCAUAUGCUGGCUUCACAUCAUCGUCCUUCAACGAGCGUGCUGCAGCUCACACGACCUACGCAAACGUGUCGCAGCUCCCCUUGGUAACGGUGCUGACGUCCACACACAGCAGUUUAGCGUCUGCAUUGCGGGCGACGGCGGUGGCGUGGGCCGUGGGGGGCAGCGAACAUUGGACGAGUGCGGGGGCAACGCACGUGUUGUGGCGCCCCGCACCGGAGACGGCGCUCGCUGCGGCGUGGAUGGUGGUCCUCCUGCGCCGGCACGCGCACGAGCAGGAGACACGCCGACGAUUGAAUGCCGAUGCGGGUACCGCGGAUGACGUGACGCCGCUCGCCGCUGCAAAAACAGAGCGCGCCACAGCGGCAGGGGCGGCGGACGCAACACCGGCGGGUCCGCACAUCGAGGUGCAGGAAACAGAGAAGGAAUCUUCGACGCUUUCCAGCGUGUCAUCCUCGCCGGGCUUCCACGUGCUCCUUACGGGGGGCGACACUGAAGUCAAUUUCGUUGCCCCGUACCUGGAAGGCGUUGCCCAUGCAUCGCGGCUGCACGAGGUGACGUCCCGCGUGUCCCACGUCGUAGCAUUCCACGGGGCCGGCUCUAAAGAAGGCAGGCGAACGGGUGCCCCGUUUCUGGGCGGCGACAACGGAGUGGAGAGCCCCGUGCUGUUGUGUUACGGCUGUCCAGCGGCCCAGGUGCGCGACCUCCGUUGCUUUCUCGCACGGCAGCACAAGCGGCAGCCGUCUGAGCCGGAGACGAGUAACAUCGUGGCGGAGCUGCGAACGGAGGUGGCCACCACCGGCAUUGUGAUGUCCGAUGCGAUAGCCGAACUGUCUGCCGCUGCCCCAAUAGGUCAACAGACAGUGGCUGCGGAAAAAAAGGACGCGCUCGAUCGCGCGCCUUCGACGGCUCCAUUCACGACCGCGCAAACGUCAUGUGUGGACCCCGCGACGUGCGCACAGGGGGGUUCUCAGAAGAGACCCACCUCUGCUGCUGGUCGAUCACCGAGCUGGGAAGCGCCUUUCCGUGCCGUCCCGUCUCGCGACACCACACUGCGUACCAUCUCUUCCGUAUUCGAGCCCGUGCCGUCUUGCGAGAGUGCUUGUGCGGCUGUGAUGGUACCGCGUGGCGGCCUCACCGAGGUCGCCAACGAGGUGUUCCGCCGAAGUGUCGUGGAGCCCCCUUUCCUUCGCUCCUCCAGAGACACCUCUCCCUCUUUGUUUGCCGCGGCGAACACGAGCACCGCUACUACUGCUAAUAGGACCAAUGAAGGCAAACAAAGCGCCUUGUUUGAGUCUGUGUCCCUUCCUUCUCCAUCCACCAUCCCAGGCUGGUGCAGUCUGUGCUUUGUAGCGGAGCAGCACACCGCGCCGCUGCUGCGCUCGCUCGUGCAACGGCACUGGAAGGAGCCGUGGUACAUUGGCCACAGCCUCGACGGCUCAUCCCGCAGGGGCCCCGCGCCGUCCAGCGCGCACACGCAGGGGAUACAAGACGUGCUGCGGUGUGCAACCAACGGGACCGAUGUGUGCGAGGGUGCCACGCUGUGUUUGAAGCACCGCAUAGCUGAUGACGACGCGGCUGCGCCACCGCAUUUUCGUCAAGCCAUCUGCUGGCGCCACGGGUGUGGAGGCUUUUCAUUGCCUUUGACCGCGACGGCUGGCCGAGGGUCGUCCUACACGUUGCCCUGCCUCCUUGUCACGGACCUGGAAGCGGCCAUGACGGAGGGGGAGCAGCACGACCUUCUGCUGUACAGAGCAUCCGGCUUAACAGAUGGGCGGACGAGGCGGGGGAACGGCGCGGCAUCUCCUCCGGAUCACAGCGCUGCGACGUCUUCGUUAUCCCUGUCAGCCUCACCUUUGAAUGCUGUAGGUGCUGCACCCCUUCGCUCUAGACAAGAAGGCGACGACACGCAUGACCUUGACACGCGCGUCAAGCGAGCUGCGCAGCGCGCAACGCGGGCCAUUCAGCGCAACGUCGCAGGACUUGUGGAGAUGUACGACGCGCGACAGCUGGGUUAUCGCGGCGUGGUGGCCGGCAACUUUCUGUUUCUGUGUCGCUACCCUGCCGCCGUAGAAGACGCGGUGGUCGCAGCCGUUCUCGAAGGAGUGACUGCCCGAUGA